AUGGCAACACAGGCCAAGAUAACUGUUGUCACUGGCGAGACCAAAGAGCCCCACCCUUCAAUCCUCAAACUCAAUUCAGAAGGACGGAUACACAAUUUCGUGCAAAGAAACUAUGAAAACAAUGAUUUGAUCAUGUACGAAUCAACAAAACCAACAGUGAACUUCCGCAACAUCACACCCAAAGACUUUUCCGAAAUAUCAUCCUUGAGCAAUGAGACAUUUGCAUGUGUCUGUUGCUGCAUUGAUGAUUACGAAUUGAGCACAAAGAUUUACUACCAGUGCAAAUUGCUUCGACUACCAGUAAACAUUGCCGACAAGCCACCCUUGUGUGAUUUCUAUUUCGGCUCAAUGUUUAACAGAGACAAUUUGCAGAUCAUGAUUAGUACUAAUGGCAAGUCGCCAAGGCUAUCCAAAAUGAUCAAAGAUAAUAUCGCAAAGGAGUUUGAUGGCGUCGACUUGAACAAUGCAAUUGAGAAUUUGGGCAUGAUAAGGUCACGGUUGAGACAGUUGAUCUUGAUAGACGACGACUUGGUAACGAUCGAUACGAGGAUGAAUUGGAUCAAAACAUUGACUGAUUUUUUCACGUUAAAGCAAUGGUCUGAGCUACAGUUGGUUCCUGAAACUUUACUGGAGCCACCACACGAUAAUAGGUUCAUGUAUGUUGAUCGAAUAAUAAAGUAUUUCCCAGAUUACCCACCUCAAAACUACGAGACAUUUAAAAGUACAAUCUUCGAAAGUGAAAUAGAAGAAGAUAAAGAAGAUGAUGAAGAUGAUGAUAAAGAAGGACAGGUAAAAGAAGUAGAGACUAGUUUGGAGAACCUAAGUAUAGAAUAA